AUGCUAGAACCAGAUCGAGCGAAAAGUCCUAAGGUAGCCCCAGAGCCUACUAUACUUGUUCAAAACUGCGAAGAUCUGCCAGAUCCAGACCAACCAGUCCAAGAAAAGGUCCCGCUUCUCAAAAAAAGUCUCACUUCAGUUAUGGGUACAUGGAGAUCAUUAGGCUCAGGCAAGCUGUCAAACACCUGGUCAAGCACAGGUAGCAACCCUACACCCCCACCCCCCAAUAAGGGAACCCCCACCCCCCCCCCCUAAAAAUGGUACCCCCACCCCCCCUCUCGGGUUUAUUCUAUAGAUGUAAUUGAUAGGAAACAAGCAAAAUAAAUUAAAUAUAACCCAAUUAAAACACUAUAUUGAUAAAUUAAGUCCACAAAUUACUUUAUAUUUAUGAUUAAUUAAUAAAUUUAAAUUAAUUAGCAAUUAAUUAGAAAAUAUAUUAAAUUUGUUUUUUAUAUUUAUAAAUAUAAUGCCAAAGAUAUAGAUAAUGGCAUUAAUUAUUAAAUGAGCCAAGCACAACACAAUAAAUUGCAUUAAAUUUAUUGAUUCAUACAUUAAAGCUAAUCUAAUGUCCAUUGUAUAAGGAUUGCAGGACUGAAUUGGUAACAGGAUUCAAUAGUGGUAAUAAAAAAUAGUAUUUGCUAUUGUCAGUUUUACUUUUGGAUCUCUAAUUCGACUUUUAGCCAUUAUUCCACAAAGUUCAUAAAUAUAUGCAGGAUAUAUUGCUAAUUAAUACCAAAGAUCAUUAUUAUGCUUACUAACAAAUUUUUAUAUGUGGUGUGCUUAGUAGUUAUAGGAAAUUCUCACCUCAUUCCACCUACUCCUUAAUCGAUUGUGCUACGCUAUGUGGAUAUUGUAUAAAUCAGUAAUUUUGAAUAUUUAAAAUAAUAAUUUAUUUAUUACGUCUGCUCUAAAUUGGCAUUUGUCAUAUAUUUAUGCUAUAUUAAGGGGGGGGGGUGGGGGUGCCCAUUUUUUAGGGGGGGUGGGGGGUACCAUUAAAAAAGGGGGGGUGGGGGUGUAGAGUUGCUACCUGUGCUUGACCAAACACCUGCUUAGCUAACUUAAGGAAAUCAGUGAGGAUUACAUACAUAACGAUCUUUCUUUUCAUUAUUUUUAUUUCUUUCUACACCUACGCAAUAGGUAGUCAAUUUGAGCUGAACGCAACCUUUACAGACUCAUCUCUAGUAGUUGCAGUUCAUGACUGUAAAAUAAAGCUUUAUAAAGAUUUAUCAUUAUCUGAGAAUGAGGUAAAGGCAUAUGUAAAUGCAUUUCGGAAUCCUUCAAAUGACACAGCAAAAGCAGAACCUGGCAUCCUUUCUGCUGAAAACUACUAUGAAGAUUUGGAGACAUGUGAAAUUAAAUUAUAAUGAUAUGGAAUAAAACAGUCACUCAAUUUUUUAUAUAAUUGUUUUUUCAGAUAUAAAUGAUAAUUAAGUCUUUAAUAAAUUGUUGAUUCUUAAUCAAUAUAUAAUAACCUCAAAUGGAAUCUUCCCAGAUAUCACUUUUGAGUGCGUGCAUUUGUGCUGGAUUGAGCAAGUUGAUGAUGAUAUCAGUUUUAGCAGUUUCACAGCAAAUACUUAUGCUGAUGAUAAUGGAAAUAUUUUACAAAGCAGAAUCAAAUUAAAAGAGGUUAAUACAGGUGAUUUAUCAGUAAACUUAAGUGGGACUGUAACUAUUGAAAGCUUAACUGCUACCAGUGGAAAUAUUGAUAUAACAGAUGGAGAUCUAUGAAUACAAACCCCUAACUCCACUCUGGCGAGCGAGAAAGUUUUAUGUCGCUAAUCGAGAGGGUUUAAACUUUUACAAAAAAUAUAUUAAAAUUACAUAUAAUCAAAUUUUUUAGUUAUUGAAACGGAAAUCUAAUAUAACUUAUAAAAUUAAUAUUUAAGGAUGGAAUCUGUUUUAAUAUUUAAUAAAAUUAGAUCGAGAUCUCAUUUUCACAAUGAUUAAUAUAAAUCAAUAUUUAUACAAAACAAUAUUUAAAUAAAAAGAUUUUACUUGCAAAUUACCAAAAAUUGGAUUUUUUUCGAUGGUUUGCUCUCUAACCGAUGGGAGAUUAAAGAUUCUUAUAUUAGCUGAUCUACCACAUAUUCUGGGUAUUACUGCUUUGCUGGGCCCAGUAUAGUAGCAGGAUCUACAGAUGAGUGUAUUACUUCAAAAUAUUGGUAUACCAAUGACACUUCUUAUACAGUUGAAAGCUGUGAAGGGGCUCAUUAUGUAUGCUCCUCAAGCCCUUGCAAAAACACAAGAUCAUUUGAUGUAAAAAUAAGCAAUGGUGCUAUAUAUUGGAAUUUAAUAAGUGGAGGAGAGCUCCAGCCAGGCUAUAAAAUGAUUUCAGGCGACGAAGUCCCAAUUGUUGACUUAAAAGGCCACGUGGUUAUUGAUAAAAUCGCAAAUGAUACAUUUAACGCAGGGAUCAACAAAGACGUGCUAGCAAUUAUGAACAUGCCUGGGAUCUAUGAAGAUAAUGGAAAAUGGCUUUUUACUACAAAUGAGGCAUAUGCUCAAAUGAAGCCUUGGUGGCUGUCAUUAAUAUCUUUUGGACUACUAGUCCCUGAUAUAUAUUCUAUUAACAUAAGGAUUCUUCCUUUAAGCUACCCUUUAACCACAAUAUUAAAAAUGUCAGUUAGGGAUAGGUCCUAAAUCCUAUUAAAUAGGUAAUGGUCCUAUUAUCCGAGCUUAGUGAGAGAAGUCAAGCUUCUUGAGAGUCUCGGCUUGAAGAGAAGAGGUCAGUGCUGAGGCUGGCACUGACUAGAGAAGUCUUAACGGGCUUAUUAACUUUAACGGCUUGACGGUUAAACCGGUCCACCUACCGUUAUUCAGAGCUGCUAAUGUAGCUGGACCUCAAGUAAAAGAAGAUUAAGGGCAAUUACCAGAGUAAUCAUUAAACUUAAACAUAAACUUAAACUUAAACCCUUUAACCAAUACAAAAUUAACCAACUCCACAAUCAGCACUAUGUAUAACACACUCUAUGACAUGUGGUCAGCAAGAGAUUCUGACCUCCUCAUAUGAAUGGAAACAAGCAAAACAAGUGACAACUGAUACAAAUUUUCUCGGACAAAAACCCUACAGCUGUCAAAACACCUUAUUAAGCUCACUGAUAACCCAUUUUUAUUAGCUGCUCUUUCUAUUAGUUUGUUUCUCGGCUUUGUGUGUGGGCUUGGCGGUGCUUUUGGCUUUUACAUUUUUCUAAAAAAUCUCGCUGAUAUUGUAUGGAGAAAAUUAGAGCAUAAAAGAAGGUUUUUAGUGCUCAGAAAUACAGUGGAAACAAGAAUAAGAGAUAAUAGAUCUGCCAAAGAAAUUUUAAACGAAUUAGAUGAAGAUGAUGAAGAAAAUGAUGAAAAUAACGAAAAUAACGAAAAUGAAAAAGAAGAAGUUGAAGGAAAUGAAGGAAAAGAAGAGGAAGACCAAGUCCCUGGGGAGGGCUGCUUAUUGCCUCCUUAUGCAAUUCCUGAUAUUCUAAUAACUCAAAGUUCUCAAUCAAACGCAGACUCAUUGUCUUUGUUUUUACAAAAAGUUGUAAAAGAAGUACCAGAAGGCGAAGAAGUGCCGAUACAAACAUUAAAAUUGGUAGAUGUAAAGUCAAAGUAUGAAGAAUUCUGCUUUGCAAAAGGAUAUGUCGAAAAAAAUCUUAAAGAAAAUAAAGAGAAAUUCACUGAUCUUGAGAUGGAAUUUUUUACUGUCAACGAUACCUCUACUGAAGUUUUCAGAAAAAUCUUUUUUAAAAAUAGAAAAGAAUUAAUUGAGCUUGGAAAGCCUGCACAAAUGCCAAAUGAAGACUCUUUAAGCUUUUUCGUCAGGUCGAGGUGCAAUUUAUCUCCAUUUAAUGCUGAUGUAAUUUAUGUUAAAGAUUUCCAAAGCGAGUAUGAGAAGUUUUGCAGGGCUGAGCAGGUGACUGAUGCUGUUCCUAUUACUAAAAGAGCGAUGGGCGCUAUGGGGAGUAUUUUUGAGAGGCUACAAAUAACCCAUUUAAAAGCUGGAGGACGAUAUAGGAUAGAUUUAUCAGCAUUUGUAUAUAAAGAAGGCGAUAAAGAUGUUAGCCCUCUAGGGAAAUGUUGGUAUUGUGCAGAUUGCUGCGUAGCCAUUCUGCAUGUGAUUUUGUGUGUGUGGAUAGUAUUGCCGCUAUCUUUAACUCCGCUUUUAACAGAAACAAAGCAUGCUGAAACUUCUGCAAGAAAUCCUGACUAUAUUCUGACCAAAAUUGAUAUGAAAAGUGCAUGGUAUUUGAUGCCGUCAAAAUUUGAAUACUUACUCCCCCCCCCCCCUCGUGAGCGAACAAAACCAUUAGAAAAAUCGCCAUUUUUUGACCAAAAACCCACCCUCCGUGAGUGAACAAAAAUUUUUUUAAUAUAGAAAAAAUUUUGAUAUAUAAGUGAUAAUUAGUAUAAUGAAAUCUAGAGCUAAUUCUGUUUAAUUUUAAACAAAUUGCGUUUUAAAACAUAAAUUUUUGCAAAUUAAAUUAAUAUUUGCUUCCCAAUUUUUGCAAAUUAGGAUUUUUUUAAAUUUCGAAAAAAAUAUUUUUUUAUAAAAUUUUAUAUAUAAAUUUUUUUUAAAAAAAAAAAUUAACCCCCCUCCGUGAGCGAACAAAAUUUUUUUGUUCGCUCACGGAGGGGGGGGGGGGGAGUUAGAAACAAUUCUUUGGGUGAUGCUAAUAGUGUCGGCUAUUUUAUUAGUAAUUUCUAUUGUUGAGCUUUACACAUAUUACAUCUAUCAAGUUUUCCCAGCCAGGGCAGACACCUUGCUAGCAGGGAUUACAGGAUAUAGAAAACUUUCUCAAUUUGCCCAUUAUUUCGCGUUAUUAUUUAUUGCUGGAAUUAUUGUGAUGCUAUUUGUGAAUGCAUUAAUGUGGUUUAUAUUAGGAGCAGUGCUUAACCCUGAUAUAUUUUUGCCUUACUGUGCAGGUGCUGCAACGUUAAUAGCAUUUUGCUUGGCCCAGGUAAAAAUAAUCACUUUUAUGACUUCAGAAAUUUUCAAGAGGGUAAAAACCUCUGUAAAAGAAAAACUCAAUGGGAAUGUGAGUGCAACAUUAGAAAGUGCAUGUGCUGGGCUAGCUUUAAGCCAAGUACAGACUUCUACAAUUAGUAGAGAAAACAGAACCUUACAAGUAUUUUCUAAAACUCCGCUUGGAGGAAUAGCGAAAUCGCUAGAUAUAAACCAUAAGCUCGCAACUGCUUUAGCUCAAGGCGAUGAAUCUGCCAUAAAAGAAAUUGCAAUCGAGUUUGGAAUUCAUCCUUUGAUAAUGGCAGCUAUCGUGGCAGUAAUACAAAAAGAUAAUAAUAAGCUUUUAGGAAUCACUGAACAGCUUGCUGCAAUCCCAGCCAUUAAUAUAUCUCCUGAUAUUGCAAAAAUGAUAGUAUGCUUGCAUACAUUAACUUAAUUCCUAUCAAUAUCAAAUUUAUAUAUAAAAUAUCUCGAAAAUUGUAAAUAAUAUAGAUAAUUCAAUUUAGGAUUGUUUAAAAGUAUCACUAAAACAAAGUGAUUUAAAUAUAAGAAGUUCUGUGAAAAUGGCAACUGUGCAAUUUGUGAAGAUGAAAAAAGAAUUAUUAGCUGACAAAGAAAUUGAUGGAUACAAUAUAGAUCCUAGAAUUAUUGAAGCACUUGUUGCAAUGUCACGUGGAUCUACUGAGAGAAUGCUGACCUGAAUAUCUACAUCAGAGACGUUCCCUAAGCCUAUUACAGAUUUAAUGCUUCUUAUUAAAGGAUUAAUUGAAGAUGGCGGCAAAGAAAUUGUGGAAAUUUUUGUAAGGCUAAUGACCAAUUUUGGGAACUUCCCUAAAGAUAUAGCGGAAUGUAUUGGAGCUUUUUGUGAUGAAGGAUAUGCAAGUAUUCUUGUUGAUUUGAUAAAAAUUAUUAUUUAAAAUGUAAAUAUUCUUAUUUACACUACUAAUAGAAUAACAAAUUCAGCGGAAAAUAUAUAAAUUUCAAAAUGACUAUAGCGGCUGGGAUGAAAAAGUCGACACAUUUUCUAAAUUUUUAGGAAUCCAAGACUCCCUGCCGAUCCAAAUGAUCGUCCAUAUGGCUAGAGAAUCUCAUGGACAGCUUCAACGCCUUCUAAUACAAGUUACGGACAUGCUUAACAGAAAAUAUGGCUGGAGACUUGAGCAUCAAACAAUUUCUUCUCUAUUUGCAAUAAUCCACGGCGUUAACAUUGAUUUUGAUGAGCUAGCUGAUCAAUAUGACUUAGACCCAGAAAUCGUCAAAAGCAUAGCUCCUAUUUUUGCAGAGAAAAAAUAUACAGAAAUCCCUCGGCUGACUACAAAUGUUGAGAACGUAAGAGACUCAAAUUUAAUUAGUGGAGACAUCAUACAGCCUGACAGUGAAAUCCAAGCUAUGAUUAAUGAAAAUAAGCUGCCGCCUGCAUUUAAAGCACUUGCAGAGUCACAUCAGCCAACAGCUGAAAGCAUGGAAUGGAUGGCAAAAUUUUUUAAAUUGACUGGGGAACAGCUCUUAGGACUUUAUUCAAUUAUAAGAGGGGCUAAUAAGCGGCAAGGCUCAGCACUUAAAGAAAUCACAAGAGAAGUUGUAAGGAGAAUGAGAUUGGAUGAAAGCUUUACUGAUUAUUUAUCACAUGUGACUGUGUGGCUGACUUCACUUGAUGUAGAUUCUAUUAGGGAAGCUCAUUCUAAGCUGAAAAUGCAAUGCAAAGACCUGACGUUUGUAGCAAAAAGGCUUAUUGACCCGAAAGAUUUGCCAAAUGGAUAUUUAGUAAAACAGCUGAAACUAAAAAAUGAUGAUCCACUUGUAAGGAGGAAAAAAGCGCUGUCAUGAAGAUUUCAUGCAGCGCUUUGUAAGGAUUGGUGCAAAGCACUUGCGAAUAAGGUUUCAGAAAUAAAAGCUUUGAAAGUGAAGAGAAGAAUUAUGGCAAAAGGGCAGCUAUUGAUGUCAUUCCAAUAUCCGGCCAUCUUCCUUACAUUCUUAUAUACUAAUAAAGCAGAAUCCCCUAGAAUUCAAUAUAAUAUUUACAGAAAAAAAAAUUUUUUAAAGACGAGAUAGAAAAAUCUUUGAAAAGAAAGUCCCAUGUGAUGAAGAAAACCAAAGAAAAUAUAAAUCAUUAAUCCAAGCCUCAUAUCUAUGGCAAACUCAAGGAACUAAAAGAAAAGAAAAUAUAAUUGCCCUUGCAAGACUGUUUGAAGUUGAGCCAGAAAUGAUGAGCGCCUGAAUUGAUAUGGUUUUAGAAGACAAUAUCUAUCCAAAAACUAUCGCUAUGAAGAACUGGCUUGAAAAAGUGGGCAUAAAAGAUGUGUCUGGCUAUGAAGGAAUAAUUCAAGACUAUUCGAACCAAAACCAGAUAUUUUUCAAUGCUGUUCUUGGCUUCAAUAAGCUGGCUAGAACUAUAGGAGUCCCAACCUCCUUUUUAGACUCCCUCGCUAUUGGAUUUGCUGACAUUGUUUCUGAAAACGCUGAAAUAUUUAAACAGUUCACUAAGAAAUUUAUAGGAGAACUCGGGGUUGAUGCCCCAGCUUUGCAAGACUCAAUAGCGAACUUUGUAAAUGGAGAAAUCUCUGAGCUAGAACCAUUAGGAAAAGCACUUUCUUUAAACCCUGACACUCUCACAACAAUUAUGACCAUUUUUGGAGCUCUUUCUGACUCAGAUGUCAUAGAAAAAGUGGGUAAUUUGCUUCACGUGCUAAGGCUUGACCCAAUUCUUGAAAACAUAGGAAAAUCCAUAUCAGCUUUAGCAAUCAAAACUAAUUGUAAAUUUUCUAUAAACCCUCAAGGCGAAUUAUCGAAAAAAGCUACUUGUUCAGAAGUCCUAGGACAAGUCUUAGAAAUCCCUCCAUUGGUUAUAUCAGGGAUGAUUGCAGCUUCUAAGCUUGAUUAUGAAACUAUGGCCUCCACCAUUAUCGAAAUGUCUAGACUGCACAGUCCAGGAUUUCAAAUAGAAGAAUCUCAUUGUCGAGGCUUCAUUUCUAUGGCGCUUGGACAAGUCCAAAAUAUAGAAGACAUUUGCUCAGCUAUUUCCUUUGAUGCAGAUAUAGCAGAGGUCUUGGUGACUUUGUCAGGAAAUGACGAUUUAAACCAUACUACGCUAAAAACUUCUUCAAGUUUCCAAAAAAUUGUGUUAAAAUUGGGCCUUGAUGACCAAAAAGCAGCCGCUGUUGUUGCACUGACUAGAUCUGAUUUUGACCAUGUUGAAGACAUAGCUGAAGAUUUAGAAGAUGGCGGAGCAAUAAGGCCGCAGCUCUUAAAAGCUUUGCUUAGCAUUUACUCAUAUUUAUCUAUUGAUGGCAAGUCUGGCAAAAAAUAUAAAGCAUCCUACUGAUUUUGCAUAAGAAAAAAGCUAGGAAAAUUAUUAUCUUAUUAUGCAAGAUUAAAACAUAUAGUAUAUAAGCCUUCUCAAAAAACGAGAAAGCUAAAACAAGGGCUUCCUUGGCUUUGCAAAUCUAUUGGAUUGCCUAAUAGCAAUGGUGCUGUUGUAGUCACAAAACUUGUGCAAGGUGAUGCCAGCAUUAUAGGAGAAAUCGCAGGGAAGCUGGGCUGGGGAUCAGUUGAAAAAAAUAUUUAUGCAAGUUUUGCAUGUUUAGUAAAUCAGAACCCUUUUAGAAGCAAUAUAAAAUCCAAAGAACAUAAUGCAUGGAUGGCAUUUAAGCACCUUCCUUCUAUUGUAAGAAACUUAUCUGAUUUGUUUAAAAUACCUUCAAAAGGAUUAGAAAUUUUAAUAAAACUAGCCAGGCAUGAUGCAGCAUGCUUAUUAUGGCUUCGACAAAUUUUACAAAUAGAAACUGCAAGAGAAGCUCAACGGUUCAUUGACGAAUACGUCCAUGAUGACGAUUUUAACGACUACAUUUUGGAAACCGAAGAAUCUGACAAAUCUGACUCAGAGUCUUCAUCAAUGGGUUCUUCAUCUGAAAGCUCUUUUUCGUCAACUGGCGACCUAGAUGAGGUCGAUUCUGAAGGCUCAAUACUGAAAAAGCGAAUAACUUUAAGUUUUGACCCAAGUAGAAAACAGAAAUAUAUGAAUACUCUUAUAGCUGGAUUAAAUGAAAAAUCAUUACCAGGUGAAGGAUAUUUCAACGAAGAGUCUGUAAAGCUGUUUUUGGAACUAGCAGGUGGGAAUUUGCAUCAUCAUGAUAAAAUUGAAGAAAUAUUGAAAUCUUUAUAUGAAGAUUUACCUAUUGAUAUUGAUACAUUAAAAGAAAUAAUGGCACUGUCUACUGGAGAUUGGGAAGAUAUAUUAGAGCUAGUAGAAGAAUUUAAAGAAUUGGAAGAAAAAAAUAAAAAAUUGUUGGGGAACACUGAUACUGAUGAAGCAAACGAAGACGAUUUAUUUUCAUUUUAUGGCUUUGAGCCUGAUGCUCCCGAGCUCGAAUUUUUGGUAAAAUUGGCUAAAGGCGAUCAUAGUUGUUGGAAAAUUGAAAGUAAAACCAAUCAAUUGUUGUGUACAAAGAUAUAUCAUGACCCAAGGCUUCUGCAGAGCUUGACAGCGCUAUGUUCUCGAAAUCCACAUGGAGUUAUAGAAACAAUUGAUGCUUUAGGAGAUUUUUUAGAAGUAGACCAAGAUAUGCUGCUUAUCCUGAUCAUGCUUUCUUUUAACUCAAUUGAUGCUCUUUCAUCAGGAAUUGGCCCAUUAGCAGUUAGGCUUGAAAUUGAUCCAAGUAUUGCACAAGGGUUUUUGCCAUAUUGUUAUAAAACUAAAGAAAGCUUGGAGCUUUCGUUUCAGAGCAUUUGUGAAAGGCUUUCGUCACCACCCAUUAGUUCCGCUUUAGCUGCUUCAAUAUUUCAAGCUAUGUCAGGAGAUCUGGAUGCAUGGGUACAAUUAGGGCUCUUUUUUAUGAAUUUGCAGAGAUUGCAAGAAAAAGAUGAGUCACAACAAGCACUACUAUUAAAAGCUUUGCAAAGCAUUUUAUCCUGUUCUAGGCUGAAUUUAACGCUAAUAGCCUGAAGAUAUUUAGUGAAAUAUAUUUAUCCCUGCCGCUAAAUUGACAUUUUUUAAUUAGUUUAACUCUGAAUAUCUAACUCUUCCCAAAAAUAAUGUAAAUUUACAUCCAUAAGAUAAAUUAUCCUCAUUCAUAAAAAUAUAAUUUAUAUAUAAAUAGUUUUUUAAUACUAAAUUUAAUAAACCAAAUCGAAAAUUUUCCUAUAAACUGCUCUAUUUUAAAUGGGAAAGCGCAAUAGAAUAGUAUUUAAACAAAGCUAAUACUUUGAAUCGAUAAAUUAUAUAAAAAAUUCGGAAAAAAGAAAUUGCCCUUGACAUUUUUGUUCCAAUUUAAAGGGAGGAAAGUAAGAAAAUGCCAUAUGAUGUUAAAGAAAACAUGUUUAACGACAACAUUCGUAUGGAUAUUGAUCUAGAAAUCGAAACUUCACCUAAUCACACCAGAUUUUUAGAAGCAGACAUGACAAACGACAUUGAAGCUUCUAAUACAAAUUCAAUCGGAAACCCUUACAAAGAAGCACUUAUUGAAAAAAUCGGCUUCAAGAGACUCUGAAGAAAUCCUAAUAUGAGGCGAAUUCUCUUAAAUGAGUACAAGAAAAAGGCGGGAGGGAUCAUUCUUGAUUUAAUUCUAGGGAUUGGUGAAGGAGACGUAGAAGUUGUCCCAAUCGUCAUGAGAAUCCUUGGAGAAAGCUUUGACCACUAUGAAAUUUUAAAGUACUUAGUCCACAUUUUCAAUGGAAAUUCUACCAUGCUUUUUAAUGCUACUGAUAAAGUUGAGGAAUAUAUUGACCACAAUAAUUUAAAUAUACCCUCAGGACUUAUACAAAGCCUUGUAGGAUCUGUAAGGAAACAGUAUAAUUUAAUGGCAAAAGGGGUAACAAGGGCUGCGAACUCAGAUUAUUAUAAAAUGGAACUAAAAGAAAAUUAUGUAGAAAACGCUCCUGAAAUAAUGAUAGCUUUGGUCCAAAAAAAGCUUGAUGACCGCUAUAGAGAACUUUUACCAUUUAUAAAGAAAUUUUUAGAAAAGCUUACAAAGGUUGAAAUGCCAGCUAAGUCUAAGCCAGGGAAAAUGUUUUUGCUUUAUGCAAUGGGGGAGCUUGAAGCAUUUUUAGGGUUCGCUAAAGAGGAGUUUGGCAUCCCAGAAGACGCACUGAAAGAGCUUUUUACAUUAGCAGUCCCUAAGAAUCCAUUAAACUUGAAAGAAUUUACAUGGCUUCCUAGGAUAAUUAAUCAGCGCUACCCAAAAAUUCCAAUCCCAGUUGUUGAUUCUAUAGUAAAACUACUAGGAAAACUGCAAAAAGAUCUAGACUAUGGUCGUGACGGCAUGGGAGAAGUCCUAUUUCCAUUUGUAGACUAUAUUGUAUCAAAUAUCCCGAAAAACUUAAGAUUGCCUGUAAAACCUGGCAAAGAAAAGGAAAAUGCUGAUAUUAUUGUUCUGGAUGCAUUCUUUUUGGUAUGCACAGAUCCAAAUAAGUAUAAAAGUGCAGUCUUAGCUGCAAUGCCUAGCUUAGGGCUUGCUUUAAUGCCAAAUGUGAAGCCUGAAACUUUAUCUUUGUUAUGUGGACUUGUAGCUCUAUUCCAGUCAGAUAAUAGCUUAGAAAGCAGAGAUAAAGCUGCUUAUAAACUGUCAAAAACAUAUGAAAUUGAUGAAAAUAUCAUAGCUGGGUUUAUAGCACUUGGAAAAGGAGACUGGAAUGGCCUAGCUGGCAUGGCUGGGAGAUUUUGUGAAUUUGACCCUGUUAAAAUUCAGCAAGUCGUAACACUUAUUAAAAGACUGAAAUUAAUAGGAGAAUCUGAAGAAGAAGCUAGGUCUGGCAAAAGUGAUCUUGAAAAAUUAAAAGAAAAAAUGGAUUCAGGAGGAGAUACAGACCAAAUCUUCCAUAUGCUGGACAAAGACCAUUCAGGAGAGCUUGAUUUUGAAGAGUUUGCCCAAAUUAUGAAAUUUUUUGACUUGGAAUUUACCAUGCAAAGGCUAUUGGAAAUUUUUUCAAAGUUUGAUGCAGAUGGAAGUGGUUGCAUGAAUGUGCAAGAAUUUGAUGCGGCUCUGGAAUAUAUUCGCAGUGAAAUAGCAAAUGGUGCGAUUGAGCAUAUGGGAAUGGGAAAAGGAAAACUGAUAAAAAUGUUUUUAAUUACUCUGCUGAUAUUGAUUUUGAUUUUCGCAUUUAUUUUCCUUGGAAUUAUAGGGUUUAUAACAGCAAGCAAGUUUGGAUCAGCUGUAAACUCAUUACUGCCUAUGGGCUCUGGAGGGGUGCUUGGAAAAGCAAGAAACGUUGGAGAUUUAGGAAGCAAAAUUCAAGAAAUUGGUCCAAGAAUUAAUGAUUCGCUAGCAGUUAUGACAGUAAAUGAGCUUUAA